AUGUAUGAUGCCGGUUCCUUUCGUGUGCCUUUCCCCUUUCAGCCGUACCCCCUGCAGCUGCAUGCGAUGGGGGCUAUUCGGGACGGCUUGGCAGGAGGGGACGUCGUUGUACUUGAAUCACCCACAGGGACAGGCAAGACGCAAGUUCUUCUCAACAGUGUGCUCUCGCAUGUGUUUGAACCCGUCCUGAACACUGAAGGAGAGGAUACAGCAUCGCUACAGAAGCGGAGUUUACCGUCUCUGGAAAACGCAGCGCCACCGCCUCCCUCAGCAGAGGUGGUUGGACGCGGUCACAAAAGGCAGCGGAGGCAAACGACAAGCGUCAAUCAACAAAUGAAGGACGUUACUAACGAAGUCGACGAAGACGCGUUCUUGUUGGAGCAGAACACAUAUGAGGAGGCCUGUGAACGACAGCGUCAGCAUAAAAUAAUGGGUGGCGCAUCAUCAUGUUUCUCGUCAAGUUCUUCAUCUAUAGGAAGUGUUAAGGAGGAGGAAGAGAAUGUUGCUGAGUGGAAGCCUUUCUUGUUGAGGCUGCAAAAACCGAAAGUGUACUUUUCUAGUCGCACCCACACGCAGCUCCAACAACUCACCGAGGAACUCCGUCGCACCGUAUUUGCAAAGUACCCUGUGCGUCCUCGUCGUCGACAGCAUGUUGCCAUUGGUAGUGAGCAAAUGGAGGAGCCGUUGGAACCUGCUUUGGAUGAGGCACCGCACAUGCUCCGAUACGUUCAUGUUGCUGGACGACAGCAGCUUUGCAUAAAUUCCCUUUUAACGAAUGCAGCAGGAAACAACAACGAGCGCUUGAACGAGCUGUGUCUGGAAGCAAUGAAAUAUGAAUACUCCAAAGAGGGCCGUGAAGCGCGUAAAGAGCAUGAAAUUAGAAAUAAGUGCUCUUCUCUCCCAGACAUUGAAGAGAAUGUUCCGUUGGGCGAAGUGCCGAAGGGAUGUGGCUACUGCCGGAGAGAGCGGUUGAAGAUUCUAAGGGACUACGUCGAUAUUUCACCCCGGGGAAUUUCAGAGAUGCGGGAAAUUGGACAGAGAGUUGGUGCUUGCCCUUUUCUCGCGACCCGCGAACUGCUUCGUGGGGCGGACGUUGUUCUGAUUCCCUACAGUUAUCUGGUGUCGCCCGAGAUGCGGUACGCGUUGCUCUCGGGAACAGCAACGAAUGAGUGUGAAACGGUGGCCAAUAUGGAGGAAGUAACGACCGAUCAGGGCCUCGAUGGGAACGCGGCUGCGUCACACGUGCAUAAUGACAUGACACUGAGGAGGGGGUCCAUUUUACCUCCCAAUUUCACUGGUGAUGUGAUUGCUGUGGAUGAGGCACACAAUCUUGUGGACUUCUGCCGCAGUGCCACGUCCAGCACGGUAUCGGAACCAGACUUGUCGCUGGUGCGUCGACUACUGGAUGCGUACUACACCCGCUACGAGAAGCGGCUUCUCACACGCAAUAAACAACGUAUUCGCGAGAUGGUGCUGUUUGUCGAUAAAUUAUUAAGGUACCUCCAUAUGAAGUCCGUGACGCAAACAAAUUCAGUGGCGGCAGAGGUGUGGAAUUUUUCUUCUUUUGUUUUUGAUGCUCAUGUGGACAACGUAAAUGUUUAUCGCUUUUUGGCUUUUUUGAAUGAGAGUCGUCUUUUAACGAAACUGCACGGCUUUGUGGCAUUUCUGUCCAUGCAGAAAAAGGAGCAUGCAGAGCAGAAACAGCAUGUGCCAAUUCCAUUAGGGCCAAUUAAGCAGAACGGUGGAAUCAGUCAUUCCGCAGUGAGUGAAACCUUCCGUGAUGGAUCAAAUAAUUUGUCUCUUUUGGCCUUUGAGUAUAACUCCAAGUCCGUGACGAGUGCAUUGUACCGAUUUGAUGCUUUUUUGCGAUGGUACAGCCGCUCUGAUGAGCAUACACGCGUCGUGUUGCGUCGAGUACCGGUGGAGAAGGAAAGCGAGUCAAACGAGGCGGUUUUACUUCAAUUGCUGCAAUUGGAGCCUGGGACACAUACAUUCUUCCCCUUGUUACGGCAAGUGCAGGCGGCUGUGCUGGCUGGUGGCACCAUGAAGCCAAUGGCCCUGACAUGUGACUUGCUAUUACGACCUCCCAACCCACAUGUUGCUCCUUCAGCCACCACAGAGGAAAAGAAGAGCAUGAUGAACUUGGAGAACAAACCGGGACAGUCCUUGACGGAGAAGAAAGUCUUUUUUAUCGAGGAAGGCCAUAUUGUACCGUCGUCCUCCAUUGCGGUGUUUACGUUGGGUUCUGGUCCAAGUGGGCAUCGUGUGGAGCUUCAACAUGCGACGCGUCAUCAGUGGAAUCGUCAGUUUGAAGAAAUUGCCGCCGCUUUACUGAAUUUCUGCCGUGUCAUACCCGAUGGGAUGAUUGUUUUUUUUGCCUCGUAUGAUGUUGAAGAACUCUUUCAUGGAUUCUUACAAAGGAGCGGGUUUUAUGAUAAAAUUAACGAGGUGAAACGUAUUUUCCGUGAGUCGGGUCGUUUGGCCUCUUCGAAAGUCGCUACUAACAGCGGUGUUGAAGGGAAGUCAUUGUCCCAUGCUGUGGAUGUUAUGCUGGCGGAAUACACCCGAUGGAUUGGCACGGAGGGUUCGGGAGGGGCACUUUUAUUUGCCGUCAUGGGCGGGAAGCUUUCAGAGGGCAUUAAUUUUAACGAUGAACUUGGCCGCGCUGUGAUUGUUGUGGGACUGCCGUACGCCAAUCCAAGUGAUGUUGAGCUGCAAUUGUAUCUAAGCCACAUCGCCAAUACACGUCUGCUGAGAGAUGCAGGCUUUGCGGCAUCCAAGACGCUGGCUGUGGAUACCGUUACGAUUGACAGAUCUGUCCCAUUUAAUUCCUCUGCAGAGUGGAGCCUCUUCACAGAUCUCUGCAUACGCACUGUGAACCAGAGCAUGGGUCGCUGCAUUCGUCACGCGGAUGAUUACGCCGUUGCUAUUCUUUUUGAUGCACGUUACGGGGAACGGCCCGAUAUACGACGCCGUAUUGCGUCGUGGAUGCAGCCCUCCAUUCAUGUGAAUCGCAACUUUGGUGAGUGCUUCAGAGGCGUGCGAGACUUCUUUUUGGCCAGGCGGCUUGUCCCUGUUGCGGAGAAUGUUUUGUGCGAUUCUCACCGUCAUUGA